ACGGGGAGAGAAAGACUCGAAGGUGGUGUCUCGAUGCUUUCAUUGCAAUUUUCGCACUUGACCGCAGGGGUAAACGUGCUUUACGAUCCGCGGUAAGAUUACCAUCGACGCUGGAGGUGGAGAGGGAUACGCUACCCCCUCGAUCGCCCCGACACCAUUCCCGGAUGCGGGUUUCGCUGCUGGUGGUGGUGGAAUGGUGCUACGGUGGGGGUGAGACGAAAUGGUGGGGAGGCUUGCCGCCAACGAAUGGUCCAUGGUGGGGGGAAAGCGCGGGUUAGCAGCCGGGACACGCCAGGCGUAGAAUUCAGUAAGCGAACGGCUCUCAACGGCCACGAACGUGUUUUUCGUUCUUCGGUGCCCGCGAAUGCAUAUAUAUAUGUAUACAUAUACACACGUAAAGUAUAUACGUACCCGAGACGCUGUCAGAAAUUCGUAGUUUAACAGUUAACGACGAACAGACGCCGCGACACAUACCCGGUUGUUUCUCGAGAGUUCACUAGAUAAAAAAGCAACAGAUAAAAAAAAAGACAACAAAAAAGUUCUUUGGUUUUUUUCGAUUCUUUGGUUCUUCAUUUUCGUUUUCCCGCAACUGUGGCUUUAAUUAUUCAAACUGGAUUCCAACAAGCAGUACAUGUCGCGAUUACAUCGCGGCUACCGGAGGCUUAAGAAAUUAUUCAAGUGUGUGGCGAACCAGGCGCUUACCGUUUCGCCACAGCCGGCAGUAACGGUGGAGGGGCCGGUGUCCAAAAUGUCUCCACCAACGAACGAGGUGACCAAUGGUGUGGUCGCGCCAGCCAACACCCUGGCGCCCCGGGUUUCGUCAACCACGAACCCGGCACUUACCACCAUCAACCCGCCAACGCACAAACGGACUCCCAAGGACUUCAUCUUUGGCAAGGUGAUCGGCGAGGGAAGCUUCUCCACCGUUUAUCUCGCCAAGGACAUCCACACCAGCAAGGAGUACGCGAUCAAGGUGUGCGACAAACGUCACAUUAUCAAGGAGAAGAAGGCCGAGUACGUGAAGCGGGAGAAGGAGGUGCUGAACAUGCUCGCGGGCGCGAAACACUCGUUCGUGCGCCUGUUCUGCACGUUCCAGGACGUGGAAAGACUCUACUUCGUCCUAUCCUACGCGAAGAACGGUGAGCUCCUGCCCUACAUCAACAAGGUCGGCUCGUUCGACAUCGAGUGCACCAAGUUCUACUCGGCGGAGAUCCUUCGUGGUCUCGAGUACCUCCACGGUCUUGGGAUCAUUCAUCGCGAUCUCAAGCCGGAAAACAUAUUGCUGGACGAGAAUAUGCACGUGCUCAUCACCGACUUCGGUAGCGCGAAGAUCCUCAAGGAUCCGGAGACGGUGUUGACGCACACCGCUACGGACGACCCUCAGUUGCAGCAACAACAGCAGCAGCAGUACAGGAGAGAACGAAGAGGAUCGUUCGUCGGUACCGCCCAAUAUGUGUCGCCGGAACUCUUAACCGACAAAACGGCGAGCAGAGCCUCCGAUCUCUGGGCCCUCGGCUGCAUAGUCUACCAGAUGGUCGCUGGCCUACCGCCAUUCCGAUCCAGGAGCGAGUACAUGAUAUUCCAAAAGAUCUUGAAACUCGAGUACGAGAUACCCGACGGUUUCUGCGAACUGGCGAGAUCGCUAGUCAGCCAGCUACUGGUUCUCGAGCCGACGGAGAGGUUGGGCGCCCAAGACGAACACGGUGCCGGAUACCCCAGCAUCAGGGCGCAUCCCUUCUUCGAGGGCGUCGACUUCGAGACCCUCCACGAGCAGACGCCGCCGCCGAUCUAUCCCUACCUGCCUGGCACGUCGGAGAACGAGGAGCUCAGGUCCCAGUACAGGGUUCCCGAUCAUCUCGAACCAGGCCUCGACGACAAACAGCUGACCAGACUUCUCGGCUUGGGUCUCGGCGAAGACGACGACGACGACACCGACGAGGACCACCACGCGACCACCGAGCGCGUGAAACCCGCGCCGACCAGCACGGUGGUCGAGAAACAGCCGAGGAGAAGGACCGCGAACCCCGACGGCAACAUCACCGACCUGACGCCCGACGAGAACCGGCUGGAGAAGCAACAAGGUUCCAACCAGUGGAACGUCUUCGUCGAGGGCAACCUGAUACUCAAGCAGGGAUUCAUCAACAAGAGGAAAGGACUCUUCGCCAGGCGAAGGAUGCUCCUGCUCACCACCGGACCACACCUGUACUAUGUCGAUCCUGUCAACAUGGUGCUUAAGGGCGAGAUCCCCUGGAGCCCCGAACUCAGGGUCGAGCCAAAGAGCUUCAAAAUCUUCUUCGUCCACACGCCAACCAGAACCUAUUAUCUUGAAGAUCCCGAAGGAUUCGCAUUAGAGUGGUGUAAAGCCAUCGAGAACAUGCGAGUCCACCAUGGCCUGCAGGAGUCCACCACCGCUUAAACACAAGACUGAACACGAUGAUCGUUUUAAAACGGAACAAGGAUGAAAAAAGGUUAUCAUCGGUAGACUGCGUAAAAUGUCCGCGAGGUGCACCGUGAAAUUGACGCGCUCGAUUGCCGGCCAGAGGAGGUGACUCUAUAAGAUUGUUCGUUAGGGUGUGACGACUCGUCGUUAGAGAUGAUACGUUCUAGGAUAAGUUUAGCAUUCUUCUAGCUCGUUAUAAUGUACAGCUUAGGACAAAUUUUCUAGGUAAACAAAUUCAUAGCGCACUCUCUUCGAGGAACCGGUCGGAAACACAGAGAUAAAGUUUUGCAUCGGUUACGUUUACGGCUGUAUAUUUAUUAUCGACCUCGAGGAACCUCGAAGAGUGGCUGCGCGUCUUUACUAACACGCGAACACACGAGAAAUAGCGAAAACUCUUAGCCAAGGUUUUUAGCUGUGUAUCUACUCGCGUGCGCGCGCUGCUCGACUUGUAAACGCUCGUGUGAUCGAGGUCGGUUGGCCUGACCACCGUAACGUUGACUCGUCGCUAAAACAAAAAGGAAGACGGGGAGUUUGUUUAUCCGCGUAAAUAUUUUGUGCAGAAUUCGCGAAACGUAACGAAAAAUUCAAAA